AUGCCUUCUCCGGCGGCAGGCAGAACCUCAAAUGUCCCAGAGACACCCACAAAGACCGGCAAGAACCCUGCUUCGUCGUCCACUUCCAAGCUGACUGGUGAAGGCACUCCCGGUCGGAAACCGCCCAAGCUCGGCACCUCCAAGGCGACGCCGAAGAAACUGUCAGAGUCAGAGUCGCCGAAACCAAAGCCCACAGAAGACAUUACCAAGCCCGUAGAAGAAAAGGGCAAGGAUGUCGAGGAGGAGAGCCAACAAGGUAUCAGCAUGAAAGAUACGGAAGAGACUGGCGGCAAGAUCAGUCAACCAGGCGACGACACCGGCGCCGAAACCAGUGAGCUCUCCGAAGCUAACCCGGAGCCCAUCCCUGAAGACGACGACGACGAGGAAGAAGGGGAGGAAGAAGGUGACACGGUCCGCGGUGGCAGAGAUGCUGCUAAAGACGAGGGCACCGAGGGAGACGAAGAGGAAGAGGAAGUGGCAGAAGAGGGCGAUGCUGCCGAAGAAGCCGAGGACGAGGCCGAAGGCAAAGGAAACGGUGCACUUGGCGGACUCGGCAAGGCCACCAGUGGUGUCGUUGGUUCCGGCAAGAAAGUCGCAGGUCGUGUUGGCGGUGCCAAAGACUCUGCUACUGGCGCAGCAGGCAAGGCUUCCCAGGGUGAUGUGCAAGGCGCCGCAGACGACACAGUCGGCGAUGUCAAGGACACAGCAGAAGAUACUGCCGAAGAUGUCCAAGACACGGCGGAAGAUACGGCGGAGGGCGCAAAGGAGACAGCUGAGGAAGCAGCUGAUGCCGUACCCAAAGAUACUGGGGACGUGCCCGAUGUCAAAGAGUCCGCAAAUGGCGUCAAAGGUCACGCAGAGAAGGUGGCUGAUGAUGUCGAGGAGACUGCAGAAGAAACGGCCGAUGGUGCAACCGAAGGGCUGCCUGUUGACCUGUCCAUCCUGAAGGGUCUCAAGGUCACCGAGACCGGAGACAUCAAAGAUAAGGCCGGCAACGUUGUCGGCAAACUCGACGAAGGUGACCCCGCCGAUCUUGAGGGUUACGAGAUUGGCGACGACGGCGAAAUCCUUGAUGAAGAUGGUGACGUCGUCGGUCGUGCAAGCGUCAUCCCAGAAAAGGCUCAAGAGCUUGCUGGCAAGGCGACCGAAGACGUUGAUGGUGCGGUCAAUGGCGUCCACGAAACUGCAGAGGACGCUCAGGACCAGGCCGAAGACGCUGUUAACGGCGUCAAAGACACAGCAGAGGAUGCUGUCGAGACAUAUCUUCCUGACCUAAAUGUCCUCGACGGCUUGGAAGUCCAAGAGAACGGAGACAUUCUGGACAAGGAUGGUAACGUCUUGGGCAGAAUCACUGAAGGCGACCCCGCAGACCUAGUCGGCAUGACAGUAAAUGCCGACGGCGAAAUCCUGGACGAAGAUGGCGAUGCUGUGGGUCGUGCAGAGACCCUCCCUCAGCCUGUUAAACAAGCUGUCGAAGAAGCUGCCGGAGAACUUCCUGGUGUUGAAGCGCUGGAAGGUCUGGAGGUUCAAGAAGAUGGAGCAAUCAAGGACCAAGCCGGCAACACCUUGGGAAAGAUUACCGAAGGUGAUCCGGCUGAUUUGGUCGGGAGAACACUCAAUGCUGAAGGUGAAGUUUUGGACGAAGACGGCGACGUCAUUGGCCGCGCAGAAAUCGUACCCGAAGCCGCCGAAGCAGUGCAAGAAAAGGUUGAUGGUGCCCAGGAGGAAGCCAAACCAGAAUUUGUCCAAGAGGCAUUCGACAAGGUUGAAGGGUUGCAGGACCAACUGAAGCCGAAUCUCACGAUCGUCGAAGGUCGCAAACUCAACAAGAAGGGUACUAUCCUCGAUGACGAAGGAGAAGUCCUCGCGAAACUUGUGGAAGGCGACGUGAAGGCUUGCGCUGGUAAACUUCCCAAUGAGAAUGGUGAAAUUCUCGACAAAGACGGCAAAGUUAUUGGGCGUGUUGAGGUCGUCCAGGGAGAGGCUGCCGAAGAAGCUAUGAAAGAGCUCCACCCCGAACUGGUUGAACAACUUGAAGAAGCACAGCAGGCUGCGGAAGAAGCCGAAAAGCAAGCUGAGGAGGCUGGCGACCAGGCCGAUGUUGCCGGCAAAGCUGCCGAUGCCGCUGAGGGUGCCGCAGGCACUGCUGAAGAGGCGGUGGACGAGGCUAAAGACGCAGCUGAGAAGAUCACCAAGCCAGAUUUCGCACAACUCGAGGGUUUGAAGGUCAAUAAGAAAGGUCAAGUGGUCAACGAGGAUGGUGAUCCCAUCGCCCAGUUGGCUGAAGGUUUCGACCUUGAGGCUGUCCGUGGCAAGAAGAUUAAUGAGAACGGAGAAAUUCUGGACAAGGAUGGCAAUGUUAUUGGUCGAGUCGAGUUCAUUCCCGAAGCUGUCGAAGAAGGUAUCGUCGAAACCAUUGAAGAAGCUGCUCCCGAAGUCCCUGAGACUUCGAUCCUUGAAGGUCUUAAAGUCAACAAGAAAGGUCUAGUGUUGAAUGAGGAUGGUGACGAGAUCGCGAAACUCGUCGAAGGCGAUCUUGCCGCCGUUGCAGGAAAGAAAUUGAACGACAAGGGCGAGGUCUUGGACAAGGACGGUAAUGUCAUUGGCAAAGUCGAAAUGAUUCCCCAAGAAGUUGAGGAGGAAGUCGAAGAGGCUGCCGAAGAGAUUGACGAUGGCUUGCCGCCUCUAUCCAUCCUGGAGGGUCUCAAAGUUAACAAGUCCGGCAAGAUUGUCGACAACAACGGCAACGUUGUCGGCGAACUGGUUGAAGGAGAUGCCAAGAAGAUUUGGAAGGCCGGUACAACCUGCGACGACCAGGGACAAUUCUGGGACAACAAAGGCCAUAUAAUUGGUCGUGCAAAGACUCUACCUCAAGAGGAUAAGGAAGAAGAAGCCGAGUUCGCAGGUCUUGAAGGUCUAACUGUUGUGGCCGACGGAUGGGUUGAAGAUGAGAACGGCAACAAAGUAGGCCGCAUCGUUGAAGGAGACCCAAAGAAACUUGUCGGUCGUGCGGUCGAUGAAGAUGGUGACAUUAUUGACAAGCGAGGUAAUGUCGUUGGCCACGCUGAGAGAUACGAAGAACCCGAACCAGAGCCCGAACCAGAGGAGCAGAAGAUCGACCUUUCAGAACUGAAGGGCUUGACAUGUAACAAACAAGGCAAUGUCAUCGGACCUGAUGGUGUUCCCAUUGGUCGUCUGGUCGAAGGCAAUCCCAAGGAGCUUGCAGGCCGCAAGAUUGAUGAGAAUGGCCAGAUCUGGAACGAUCAAGGUCAUGUCGUUGGCCGCUGCGAACUCAUUCCAUUCAACGAGCGUGAAGCCAAGCCCGAAGGGCCUUUUGCUGGCCUCGAGGGUCUCAUCGUUGUCAAGGACGGCUUCGUUGAGGAUCACGAAGGUAACAUUGUUGGACAGGUGGUAGAGGGAGAUUGGAAGAAACUCCUUGGCCGCGGGGUGGAUGAAGAUGGCGACAUUAUCGACAAGUACGGCAAUGUCAAAGGCCAUGUCGAACCAUACGAAGUCCCCGAGGAAGAGGUCGUGGAGGAAGAUCUAUCCAGCCUCGCUGGUAAGACUGUCAACAAACAAGGCAAGGUCGUUGACGAGCAUGGAACCAUCUUUGGCGAAGUUGCCGAGGGUGAAGUUCAGCGUCUUGUCGGUUGUAAGGUGGAUGGCAAAGGACAAAUCUGGUCCAAUGAUGGCAGAGUCAUCGGUCGUGCAAGACUCAUCGCAGGUGGUGACGAUGGUCGUGCUGAAGGACCAUUCUCCAACUUCGACUCUACAACCAUUGACAAGGAUGGUUUGGUCAAGGACGCCAGCGGAGAGAUCAUCGGUCGUGUCACCGAAGGUGACAUCAAAAAGUUGGUCGGUCGCAAGGUUGAUGACGACGGAGAUAUUGUCGACAAGAAUGGUAAUGUCAUUGGUCACGCCGAACGCUGGGAACCAGAAAAGAAAGAACGAGAGGUUUCACCUAUGUCUGGCCUCCGCGUGAAUAAGGAGGGUGAAGUUCGCGACCGCAAUGGAGAUGUUAUUGGCCGAUUGACAGAGGGCAACUUGCUCGCCUGUAUUGGCAAGGAGGUCAACGACAAUGGCUAUGUCGUGGAUCAAGACGGCAACAAGAUUGGAGAAUGCACCCUGCUUGAAAACAUUCCAGAUGAAGAAGAAGUCGAGGAGGGUCAAACGCCCGAGCAACUCAAAGAGGAGGAGGAGCGUGAGGUUGCAAAGAAGAUUUCCAACAUCAUCAAUCAGACUUUGGAGAAGAUGGAGCCUAUCUGCAAGCAGAUCACAGAGCUUGUCGAAAGAGCUGACCGCACACCCAAAGAAGAGCUCGAUGAGGAGAAACUUGUACAAGACGUCAAACCACUUAUCGAAGAGGGCUCUCGUAUCCUGGGUGAAUGCAAUGGUGCGAUUCGCGGUCUCGAUCCUGACGGUCACAUCGCCGCCAACGCCAAAGCAAAGGCAGCGAGUGGUGAGGCUUCGCCAGAAGAAUAUCGUGUGGCAGAGGGAUUGAAGGAACUUACCACUCAAGUGGUCAAGACCAUCGACAACGCCAAGAAGAAGAUUGCCGAUAUGCCUCAUGCGAAGAAGAAGUUGAAUCCACUGUGGGCGCUGUUGACAGAACCCCUGUUCCAGAUUAUCGCUGCUGUCGGUCUACUGCUGAGCGGUGUGCUCGGGUUGGUGGGCAAAUUGCUCAACGGCUUGGGUCUUGGUGGUUUGGUGAGUGGCCUCCUGGGAGGUCUCGGUGUUGACAAGCUGCUGGGUGGAUUGGGCUUGGGCAGCUUAGCGGAAGCUAUGGGUCUGGGGGGUGGAAAGAAGAAGAAAUAG